AGUAAAACGGGGCGUUGUGGAGAUUGACCACGUCCAUUCGUGGAUAAACUCUUUUUAAAGACGUAGGAUACCGUAAUGUAAGAAAAAGAAGACCUUAAAGAAAAACAGGAAACAGUUUGUUGAUUGGAGCGUUCACAGCAAUGGGCAUCGACAGACGGCUUUGUGCAAAGGUUCGAAGACUUCCAAGAUAAACGGGAAUUUAUUUAUUUUGCCAUCCAAAGAUUUGAGGGGGGUGGGGGUGUACCGCUCAUGCGUGGAACUUGUUGGGAGUUUCCCUUUUUAACGAGGAAAUGUUAGUAGCUUCACUUGCAAAAAGCAAACGGUACAAGUAACAUUACUCCGUCCAAACGGGAGAGGACUUAUUUGUUUUUUGGAGGGAAGGACAUGGCCAAAUUGUUCCGUGCUGCUAUAAUGGGUCCUCCGGGAUCAGGGAAAGGAACCAUAUCGGAGAGGAUUGCGCAAAGCUUCGGCCUUCAGUAUUUAUCCAGUGGUCACUUUUUACGAGAGAGCAUAGCAGCUAAUACAGAGGCAGGAGUGCAAGUAAAGACAUAUGUGGAGAAAGGUAUGCUCGUGCCUGAUCAUGUGAUGACCAGGCUGAUGAUGCCCAGACUGGAACACAUGAGUGGUCAAAGCUGGCUUUUAGAUGGUUUUCCACGGACACUUGCACAGGCCCAAUCCCUGAACAAUUUGUACCAGCUUGACUUGGUAAUCAGUCUCAACAUCCCUUAUGAGACUCUUAAAGACAGACUGAGUGACCGCUGGAUCCACCCAGGCAGUGGCCGAGUUUACAACAUGGGCUUCAACCCACCCCGAGUGCAGAGCAAAGAUGACAUCACCGGGGAGCCCCUGAUUCAGCACGACGAUGACAAACCAGAAGCUUUGAUGACCAGACUGAGACAUUACAAAGAUGUGGCGAAGCCCGUCAUUGACUUAUACAAGUCACAAGGAAUCCUGCACUCAUUUUCUGGUACAGAAACAGAUCGGAUUUGGCCUUACAUCAACUCUCUCCUCAGCACCAAGAUACACACACAGCCAGUCGAUGCCCAUCAAAGCCAGGUUCAUCACUAACAGUGGAGUUGAGAAAUGGCAGGAUGCAAUCUUUUUUUCACCUAAUUGUCAUUUGAAGUUUUUGCAAAUUUUGUUGUGUAAAAUUUGAGGUAUGCAUGUGGAUGUUUGCAAUAAUAUAACAAAAUUGUAUUUAGUGACUAGCUAACCUGAUCAAUAGAAGCUAUUCUAUACAAACUCAGAUUUUUACUUGCAACAUGCACAGUCCCACUACAAAGCAUAUAAAUUGACGCUACGUGCAAACAGAACAGCAGAUUACAAGAAGGAAAAGGAGAGAAAUAAGUCAACUGUAAAGGAAGAAUUUCCUUUGCAGUAUACACUGUCUGGCACUACCUAUGCAGUAUGUUCAUUAAGUCAGACUAAUAAAAUGGUUUGUCAAAGACAAGAAAAGCGUUGCGUAGUGGUGAGGAUAAUCAUUCGAAAGUUGAAUUUGGAGGUGAACUAAAGUAAUCCAGUAUAUACUAAUAUGGCAUUGUAAUCCCUCAAGAAUCUCAACUCAUAACUGUUUUAAAAUCCCUAAAGCACUUUCCCUGACAUACAGUACAGUAAUAAUCCCUGAAAAGUAGAAGAAAAUAGGUUACGAUAUAUAGAGAGCUCACAAAUACCCUGGAAGGACAGUACAAACAGGGACCUAAUAUAUGCAUAUAUUUAAAUACAGUGGAACAUUUAAGACCGAACAAAAUGUUCACCGGAAUAUGGGUCAACCGAUUAGUUAAAAUUUCAAAUCAAUUUGUCCCAUUAGAAAUUCAAUUUAAAUAAUAUAUUCCAGGGCAAGACUGUUAAUGUGGCUAUUAUUUAGCAGUUAGCAGUCAUACAAAAAUAAAUUGUUUAUCAUCCAAAGAAGUGGGGAGGGAGGCUUGCUAAAUGGAGUCCAACCUAUUAAUAAUGUGUUUUUUUUUUUUUUUACAUUCUCAACUGUCAUACACGUGAAAAUUAUUUACCAUAUGUUAUAUACUGAACAUGAUGAUGUGGACGGGGUGUUGAACAUGCAAAGGGAGAAGGGAGUUGCUUCACCAACACAGCUGAUUUAUGCAGCAUGUAUUCUUUUAUAAUUUUAAUGAUGUUUCUUUAGCCAUAUUACAUGGUAGAGCAGCAUAGACAAAGAUACAUGUGCCACUUUUGCUGCACCACUGCUACAUCGCAAUAAAUUCCCUUUCCUGUUCUAUCGUCACUGUCUCACACACACACACACACACACACACACAGAGACAUUUCCUCUUUGCACCCUAAUGUGGCAACCCAAAAAAGUCAAACAUGCAAAAACAUGGAGUUAAGCCUUUAGACGCUCACUAAAAUGAAGAGUUGUGCGAUAUGCUUGGCACUCAUCUAACGUUGGUCAAAAUGAUGGCCUGAUCUGAGUUAUUGUGCAACUUGAUGCAUUUUUUUUUUUUCCCCUGUAAAAAUGUUGGUGGGUUUUCAAAUUGUGUCACCUUCAGGGUGUUUGAAUUUGGAGUUUCCACUGUGAAGCAAAAGGUCUGUGUCUGUCCUCUCUCUCUUGAAUUGAAACUUAACAUUAUUGGGGUCAUUUUUAGAUUUGCCGUACAGUAUAUGCUGUGCAAUGCAAACUAGGCAGCUGCUUCGUAAUUGUGCCGGAGAACCAGUUACUGAGUUCAUUGUUACUAUUCUGCUCUAUUAUUUUAAUGUUGAAAGGUGUAUUCGUCUGUUAAAACGAAUAACAUAUACAUGCUUCCAUAUGAUGUUUGUGCUGCAAAUCAAUUCCAAAAACGCCUCAGUGUAACUACAGUGCCCCUUGUUGCUUAGAUGAAAACCUAAACACAGACGAUAGAGUCCCUUGAUUGCUGUUUCACAUGAUGUGUAAUAACCAUCACGCUGCUGUUCACGUUCAGGUAAUCACAGUUGCUCAGUGUUCCCCUGCCAGUUUCAGAUAUCUUUGUUCCACACCUGUGGACACACUCAUAAUAUCUUGAAUGAAAAUUGCGGAUCUCCUUCCCUGAACCAGAUGUCUGUCACAGUAUCCAAGACUGACCUGUGAGAGCCAGAAGAAGAAAUACAAGAAGUUAAGCUUACUGUUUGCAAACUAUUCUCCUUGUUGUUUCCAUGGUGAUAAAUAGCUUCAGUAUACAAACAACACAACCGGUCGAUCCUCUGUUUGUGUCUGGCAACAGCAUGCACUUCCGGUCGUGAAACGUAACGGUAGCCAAUUGGGUACCGUUUUGUUUCAUAUCACAAUCACAGUCUGUGGCUCGGCCAAACUCGGUGAUGACCACACGUAAGGAUUUGCAAUUGUAAAUAUCGAACGGGCUUAGCACUGACCGUUUUCAGAGCAGAUGGAGGAGGAAAAAUCACUCUAUAGACAUACCGUAGAACAUUCGCUCAGGAUAAUCACUGUCACAGACAUCUGACAUCCGGGCCUUUACUGAUUUGAUUUGUGGGAGGGAUUUUUGCCCAGUUGUCAAUAUCUGUGUGCCAUGCUUUAGGUGACAAUGUACAUAGGUACUUCUGUUAACAUUCUGAAGAUAGUUCCUUGUAGUUACUUCCAAUAUGAUUCAUCCAUUUUUGUUUUACACUUUUUUUUUUUUUUUUUUUUUUUAAUUAUUUACAGAAACUGUUAACAAUGGGGAUUUGUUGGGAGUGUAAGUUUCAUAUGGCCACGCCUGAGCUGCAUCUAUGUAGUCUUCAUGUGGUUUGACAGCUUUGUUUGGACAGGAAGCUGAGUGGGUGUGGUGUAAAAGUUCUCAGGUGGUCAUGAUCACACCCCAUUGCUUUUGUGUAAGACGUUUCUUUUCACGACACCAUUUGAAUACAAAUUCUGCUCUAUCUUGUUACAAAUACAAUA